GCAUAUAGGAAGGACCGAAGUAAUGUAGUAACAAAUUGAGGCACAGAGAGAGGAGGCGCGCAGAGCAGCAGAUGGAGACGGACGGGCUGGACGUUCUCGUGACUGAGCAGAAGAAGGAAGUGAUGGAUGCCGCUUCUCUCUCCUCUGACCUCGAUCUCGCCUUCAGGUUACAAAUGGAAGAAGCCAUGGGCGCCUCACGCAACCUCCAGACGCUUUCCUCUUCUUCUCUCAAACUCACAUCCUCUCUUCCCUCUUCUUCUUCGUCUACUGUCUCAGAGCCUCCUCUCGCUUCGACCCUCAAAAUCUCAGAAGAGGAGGAGGACAUGUCUUAUGCCUUGAGGCUUCAAGCCCUCGAGAUUGAGAAAUUCGAGCAAGAGAAGAAGGAUGGGUUCCAAAGCCAAGAAGAGAUACGGCGACUCUCUGAUCAAAUUAGGGUUGUAUCCCAUGAUGCCAAGUUUGCCCGUGCAGUUAAAGAGAUGCCUGAUGAGGAGUGGGAGGACACAGGUGACUGGUUCGAGGACCCCAUUGAGCCCUCGAGAGAGUACCCGUUCAGGCUUUAUUUCAAGGGGAUGAUAAGCAAUGAAUAUGUUCAGGGUUCUUGGAAAUCGCUCUCGGCUAUGGGGAUUGUGAUUUGUGAUGGUUAUGAUAAUGUGGUGUUGGAGAUUGAGAAGGCUGGGGAGAAUGAUUUGAGAAGGGGGGUUGCAGAAGCAAAGUCCUUAAUUGAGGGCCUUACUGCUGCCUUGUCCCUUAAUAUUAGGCAAAUUGAUGUCUACUGCGAUUAUGCAACCUUGAUUAAUCAGGUUCAAGGGAGGUGGAAUGCGAAGGGACAGCUUGGACCUUUAAUUGAUCAAGUGCGGUUGUUGAGAAAGAAAUUUGAUAGCUUUCAUAUGUAUUUGGUGACACGAACUGAUAUUAAGUUUUCUUUUAGACUGGCUCGAAGGGCAAUAGAUUCACAACUCACCAAGGCUACCAAUAGUAAUGCGAGUAACACCUUAAAACAAACUUGCAGUAUCUGCUUAGAGGACACUGAUGUUUCCCAAAUGUUCAUGGUUGAUGGUUGUGCUCAUCGCUAUUGCUUCUCUUGCAUGAGACAACAUGUGGAAGUUCAGCUGAGUCAUGGGGUGCUGCCUGGAUGCCCUCAUGAGGGAUGCAAAACCAAUCUGAAUGUUGAUAGCUCUAGGAAAUUCUUGCCUACGAAGUUAAUUGAGAUCAUGAUCCAGCGGUUGGAGGAGGCAGCUAUACCUGAAACAGAUAAAUUGUACUGCCCAUACCCAAAGUGCUCAGCUUUAAUGUCUAAGAGAGAAAUGCAAAGUAAUCAGCAGGCUUCCUCAUCUUCACAUCAUACUGCGGAUUCCCCAGGACUCAGGAGAUGUAUCAAAUGCCAAGGACCCUUUUGUCUUAACUGCAUAGUACCAUGGCAUUCUAGGAUGACCUGCUGGCAGUAUAAGAUCCGCAAUCCCUAUCCCCAUACAGAAGAUGAAAAGUUACGAUCCCUGGCAAACCGAAACUUGUGGCGUCAGUGUGUGAAGUGCAAACACAUGAUUGAAUUGGCAGAAGGUUGCUACCACAUGACUUGCAGGUGUGGUUACGAAUUUUGCUAUACAUGUGGGGCUCAGUGGAGAAAUAAGAAACCAACUUGUUCAUGCAAACUCUGGGAUGAGCACAAUAUUGUUUAUGAUGAAUUGAAUGAAGAGGAGGAUGAUGACGACCAUGAUGAAUACUAUGAUGAAGAAGAUGAUUCUGAUUCUGAAUUUGAAGAAAUCCAUUAUGAUGGUACUACCUAUCUUGUCCGCCGCUGAUGAUGGGCUUUAGCUUCUAUGUCCAGCAACAUCCUUUUCUUUCUAAAGACAGUCGUUGCUUCAGUAAACCGAUAAAAAUUUGUUGGCAUACUUUAUUUGUGAAGCAUUGGUUGAGAAGCUGGUUGUAAAUUCCCAGGAACCCAUAUUUUUCGUCUUGGAUUUCUCUAGUGCCUCUAUACAAAAAAGGCAGUCAGACAUCCUUUCCUUUGUCGAGGAUAUCCCAUUGACUUGAAAAAUGAGUUUUCUAGACUAGAUAUUCAAACUUUUGAACUUCAUGAUAUGUGAAGAAGCAACGGGAACUUAGUUUUAUUUCUUGUUAGAUUUGAAGACCAUUAUGAGAUAUAUACUUUAUUUUCUUGUUAGAUUUGAAGAUCCAUUAUGCGAUAUGUACAUGAAUUAUUACCCCAAAUUCUUUAA